AUGGGUCCAAAGUGGUUGCAGUUAGACUCCUCUCAGUGGCCAAAAGAGAAUGCCAAACUGGAUCCGUCAGCAAAUCUGGAAGAGAAGCCCGGAUCCAUAUUUACCGUUUCGAUGGGCUCUACUCUCUGGGAUCUCAUCACUAAGUACUCCUCUCUCUACAAAUUGCUGCGCAUAAAAGCAAUUUGUCAACGUGUUGUUGCUCGGAUGAGGAGGAAACCAGGUGAAACUCUCGUGGAUCCACUCAGUCCUGAUGGCAUCGCGGCAGCUCGGCUAUAUUGGGUCAGAGCCACUGAGGCUCAUUAUCUGCAGUCGGAGUGCAGCAUGAUCUAUCGUGGUCAACAACUUGGAAGAUCUCAUCCGUUGACCCAACUGACUGCCUUCAUAGACCACCAAGGUGUUCUCCGAGUGGGCGGGAGAUUGAAGUUCUCUAACCUGCACCCAGAGAGAAAACAACAAGCGAUCAUCCCUAAAGAUUCCGAGCUGGCUGAACUUCUCAUUAGGGACUGUCAUCAGCGUACGUUGCAUGAUGGAACUCAACUCACGUUGGCGCGUCUCAGGAGGUCUUACUGGAUUAUUGGAGGAAGAGCGCCAGUAAGAUCCUUCAUUCUCAAGUGCGUGGAAUGUGCCCGCCAAUGUGGAGUACGUGCUCAACAACUGAUGGGGCAGCUUCUACCGGCACGUCUGUCUCCAGGUCGUGCUUUCUCUAACACUGGUGUGGAUUACGCCGGACCAGUGUCGAUCAAGACGUGGAAGGGACGUGGUCAUAAGACCCAAAGGGGUUGGAUGGUGAUCUUCGUGUGUAUGGCCAUGUCUGCUCUCCACUUGGAAGCUGUCACAGAUUACUCUGCUGAUGGGAUUAUCACUGCCUAUCGGAGAUUCGUGAGUCGUCGAGGUCGUUGCAGGAACCUCUUCAGUGAUUGUGGAACUAAUUUCGUUGGUGCUGACAAGGAGCUGAAGAGGUUGUUCUCCGCUGGAUCAAAGGAGUUCCAGCAUCUCUCAGCAGUUUACCUGCAAGACGGUACCCGGUGGUCUUUCAGUCCACCAGGGGCACCUCAUUUUGGAGGAAAAUGGGAAGCAGCGGUAAAAUCAGUGAUGUAUCAUCUCUCUCGAACGAUACGGGAUACUACACUGACGUUCGAGGAACUCUCUACGCUGCUUACCCAGAUUGAAGCUGUGCUCAACUCCAGACCUCUACAGGCUCUCUCUGAAGACCCCGACGACGUGUUGUUUCUCACUCCGGGCCAUUUUUUGAUUGGAGAAGCUCCAAUCGCUCUACCGGAACCUUCCCUGGACUAUCUCAACGUUGGACGGCUCUCAAGAUGGCAACUCAUUCAGCAGAGGCUGCAGUAUUUCUGGAAGCAGUGGUCUACAGGAUACCUGCAGCAACUUAAGUCCAUCUCCAAGUGGCAUCAUCCGUCCAACGACAUUCGCAUCGGCUCUAUGGUUCUGCUCUCCGAUGAGAGGUUCCCGCGCAGCGAAGUGGCCUCUAGCUCGGGUCACAGCUCUACACCCUGGGAAGGAUGGUCUCUCCAGAGUUGUGACCAUCAGGACAGCAAUGACGACAUUGACUCGGCCGAUCUCNGUCUCCAGAGGACCAUUCUGAGGACGUGUGAUGUGGAUCAUCGAGUGGUGACGCUUGUGACACACAACGCACAUCUUCGUGGUCCUACAGGCACGAAUGGAGUGCUUCCCCAAGCCGUUGAAGCAGAGGUACUUCUUUUCGACGAACUCCUUCCUCUUUUCCGGCGACAACUGCUUGAAUUUGGGGCACUUAUCGAUGAAAUGCUCAUCUUCACACAUGGAGCAGGCAUUGGCGGUCAUGUCUGCCCAUGA